UUUAAUGCCUUGUCUUUUGUGUAUCAAGAACUAUAAAAUUAUAUCAUUACUCUAAGCUAUAAUUCAUAAUGAUCAAGUUUCUCGAACGGACCCUAUAAUAUACUGGUACCGGGGCCUGACUAGCUGCUCACUGUGAUACUUUCUGUCAUGAAUUAGGUGCCGUACAUUGUUCGUGGCCAUAGAGACAAUGGUGCUUGGAACUGGGAUACAUAAGAUAACUCACGAAUAGAUUAUCAAUUGCUGCAAUAACAAAUCUGUAGUUAUAUAUUCCUGAAAGAUUCGAUAUGGGAUCACUGUUAGAAAAGUAAAUAUCGUAGAGCAUAUUGAUAAUCAAGAUUAGCCUAGAUAUCAAUAGAAUCAGCUAAAGGGCAGAAGACUGGCCCUCUGACUGAACGACGGUUGCAAAAGCUUUCUUCCACCCGUACACCAGAUUUAAUUUGAGAAGAAAUCAAAUCAAAAAGUUGAGUAAUUAAAACCGUAUCCACCUUUAUUUAUCCAAUAUGUUUAACCCGCCCUUAUACGAACGAUUGUUCUCUCGGUCCCAGUUUGUCCUUGCGCUGACAUCGCCCCGCAGAAAACAGAUUCUUCUAACCAAUCUUGGAAUCCCCGAGGAGAAGAUCUUGGUGAUUGGAUCAAACUUUGAAGAAAACUUACAGAAAACCGAUGUUAGCGCCAGUGAGUAUGUAAGCUUGACGGCAAAGCAUAAAGCGCAAGCGGUGAUUGACCAAUUGAAGACCGGACGCUAUGUUGUUAUGAGUUCCGAUACCGUAGUACUAUGUGGAGACGAAAUACUCGAGAAACCAUCGACCCCCAAAGUCCAAUUGGAAUGGCUUAAGAAGUAUCGCCAGGUGGGCCAACUAUCGGUUCUUACCAGUGUUCAUUUUUUCCUAGUCAGCCAAGGAACAGUGACCAAUAGUGUGAAUGAUACCGAGGUGACCCAUUUGAAGUUCAACGAGUCACUAGAUGAUGCUUUUUUGCAAAGCUAUGUAUCUCUGGGAGAAGCUCUUGAGGCCGCUGGAGGAUUCAAAUACCAGGAAAAGGGCAGCUUGCUCUUCAAGGGCAUGGAAGGCGACUAUUUCAAUGUUGUUGGCUUACCGGUUGCCAAAACCUUGAAGUUGAUGGAUGAUUUGGUUCCUGUAUGA